AUGGCUGAGCUUGGCCUUAUUGCCUCGGUCAUCCAGGUCGCCGAUGUUGGCAUUCGGCUCAGCGUCACGCUCUACAAAUUUGGCCAGACCGUCGUCAGCGCUGAUGACUCAAUUGUCUUCAUCUCAAAAGACAUCUCCCACACAUGCUCCAUUCUCAAAACGAUAGGACAGAAUCUCGAGAAAGAUCGCGAAGCACGACUGUACUCACAAGAUGCCAUGAACACGGCGGAGACCAUUGUCAAAGAGUGUCUCGAGAUUUUCCACGAAAUGGACAGGGCUCUCUUGAAGAAGAUUAAAAGAAUCGGAUUGGAUGGCAGCUCUAGCCGAGCUGCUGUUGUCGCGCUUGAAAGACUGAGAUGGCCCUUCCUGAGACCGAAAAUAAUGCUCCUGUGGAGCAAUCUCGACAAGUUAAAGUCUUCGUUAGACUUACUGUUGAACGUCUUUAUCUAUGCUAGACAUCUGACCGAGCGAACGGAGGAACCCUCGGUCGUCAAUAACCAGCGCCGCCUAAUCGAACACCUUCUUCACACAACUACAGAACAAACACGCAAAUAUGAGUCCUUGAAAGCGGCAAUGGACCGCCAGGAGAACCUUGAUAUCGCCCACGAUUCCACCCAUGAUAUUAUACCGGCAACACCGGAUCUGGAUGCAGCUAUACCCACCGAAUUGCCCAACAAGAGCACGACCAUUAAGCUGUUGGAGGAUACCGGGCUGGAUCCUGGGACUGCAAGUCUGGAGAAUUACUUCACUCUCAUAGAACACCUGAUGACAGAGGUUGAAGCCGAGGAAUACAACAUUGGCCAUGAUAUGAGGCGUCGCAUAAGAGACGAUGUCAUCCAUACCCACAAGCGUGAGACACGGCUUCUUAGAGCAGUUCAUGGACAUACCGCGCUUAAAGAGAAGAUGCGAGAGGAGUCUUGGAUACUAGCAGAGAUGGUCGAAGAAAAGGUAGAAGAAGGAGAACAUUCGCAAAUAGAACACCGGGUGGAAAGCUCGUCUGGAGCUAAAUUCGCUCGAAUCGGAGACAGUAGCCCCCAAAUUCUCGGUUCCAAUCCGAGUCACUCGCCCCAAGAGGGCGUAACCCGAAAGCAGGUAAAGGGCUAUGAAGGGCCGCCUGAGAAUAUCCGCAUGACCACUAUGGAUCGAGUCUAUGCUUCUACGAUCAAUCCUGUAAAGGAAUUUUUCCUCAAUAACCGAGAAGACUCGUGGAACCCCCUCGACUUAGGCUCCGAAGCUCCAAUGGUUGAAAGCCCUAGAGCGGCCGAGGAAAAUGGCUGGGUGCCAUUCUGUAUAUCUGGACCCUCAAGGCUCCUCUACCGUAGGAUCCUUCCAUUGAAUCCCCUGAAACCGUAUAUACAGAACGAGCAUAUGCCACAAUGGCCUUUCUUGCGAUCUGGAACAUCGAUGCUAGUCACUGAGAAAUCUCACAUUGUGGAAAGUAUAGCAUCGUCACAAGAUCUUGCCGCCCUUACAGAUUCAACAGAUACGGACACCUUCGUCAGUGCGAGGUCCGUGAUUGGCGAACGAGCCUUGGACUCCAAUUCUUUUUGCCCGGUAGAGGAUGAGAAGGAUGGGCCUCUGGUGGUAUUUGGCGAUCAGGAGCAUGGCGAUUUUAGGGGGAAAGACGGCGGGCGAUUCGCAGUUGAUCCCUCGCUCGAUGGGCUGCUGGCAGCUUGGGUUAAUGGGAUAUAG